AUGUACAUUUGUCAUCAGGUUAUUGCGCACCAAACCCACGAAGUUGUGACCAAAUGUGAUCACAGUCAACCGCUGUUAGAAAGAGGCGCCCGUCUGACUCUAGGCGACCAGUCUUUCUAUCAUCCGGAUCUGCCAUUCACGAUCUCAGUCAAAUUAGUUCACCCUGGUCUGGAGAAUUUGAGCGACCAGAAAGUUUUCCUGGAACUCAGUCAACUGGCAGUGGCUUGUAACCAGCGUGACCGAAUGCCCGAAAUUAGUCCGAACCAUAUACAACAUUUUAUUCAAUUAUCUGAAUUAACCAAUUCCGAUGGAGAAGCAGUUUUUAUUGUCCCUCCAAUUCGAUAUAGCCCGUUCAUUCUGAUGCAAGCCAGUGUGCCCGCUUUAGACCCGAGAAAACUGUGGCACAAUCAGAUCGGAUCGCUGAANCUGAGAAAACGAUAA